GGCUCCCCCGCCUGCCUGCCUCCACUCCACGGCGGCGCCAGGCCUCCACAAUCCACAUCUACUCAUCACACACACUCUCCCACCGCACCACCACCAAGCGCCUCCCCGUCCGCACGCACACCGGGGUUCUGUGCAGCUCGAUCGCAAGCGUCUCUCUGCAAGGCGUGGCGGCGGCGGCGGCGAACGCGCCGGCAAGAUGAUCACGGGCACGGACUUCUACCACGUCAUGACGGCCAUGGUGCCGCUCUACGUCGCCAUGAUCCUGGCGUACGGCUCCGUCCGGUGGUGGCGCAUCUUCACCCCGGACCAGUGCUCCGGGAUCAACCGCUUCGUGGCGCUCUUCGCCGUGCCGCUGCUCUCCUUCCACUUCAUCUCCACCAACAACCCCUACACCAUGAACCUCCGCUUCAUCGCCGCCGACACGCUCCAGAAGCUCAUCGUCCUCGCGCUGCUCACCGCCUGGAGCUACCUCUCCCGCCGGGGCUGCCUCGAGUGGACCAUCACGCUCUUCUCCCUCUCCACGCUGCCCAACACGCUCGUCAUGGGCAUCCCGCUGCUCAAGGGCAUGUACGGCGACUUCUCCGGCAGCCUCAUGGUGCAGAUCGUCGUGCUCCAGUGCAUCAUCUGGUACACGCUCAUGCUUUUCAUGUUCGAGUACCGCGGCGCCAGGAUCCUCAUCACCGAGCAGUUCCCCGACACCGCCGGCGCCAUCGCCUCCAUCGUCGUCGAUCCGGACGUCGUCUCGCUCGACGGCCGGAACGACGCCAUCGAGACGGAGGCCGAGGUCAAGGAGGACGGCAAGAUACACGUCACCGUGCGCCGCUCCAACGCCUCGCGCUCCGACAUCUACUCCCGCCGCUCCAUGGGCUUCUCCAGCACCACGCCGCGCCCCAGCAACCUCACCAACGCCGAGAUCUACUCGCUGCAGUCGUCGCGGAACCCCACGCCGCGGGGCUCCAGCUUCAACCACACCGACUUCUACUCCAUGGUCGGCCGCAGCUCCAACUUCGCCGCCGGGGACGCCUUCGGGGUGCGCACCGGCGCCACGCCCAGGCCGUCCAACUACGAGGAGGACGCGCAGGGCAAGGCCAACAAGUACGGCCAGUACCCGGCGCCCAACCCGGCCAUGGCGGCGCCGGCCAAGGGGCAGCCCAAGAAGGCGGCCAACGGGCAGGCCAAGGGCGAGGACGGCAAGGACCUCCACAUGUUUGUCUGGAGCUCCAGCGCGUCGCCCGUCUCCGACGUGUUCGGCAACGGCAACGCCGAGUACAACGACGCCGCCGCCGUCAAGGAGGUCCGCAUGGCCGUUGCCUCCCCGCGCAAAGGUAGCGUCGUUUAUUUUUCCUCUCCCAGGUUGCCCGUGUCCUACUUUCUUGGCGGCGCUGCAUGCUCAAAAUUCUGUUCUGUUCUUGGAUAUUCAGUUGCAGCGGACGGGAGGAAGGAGAGGGGCGAGGACUUCGCGGAGCGCGACGACUUCAGCUUCGGGAACAGGGGCGGCGCGGAGAGGGACGCGGAGGCCGGCGACGAGAAGGCGGCGGUGGCCGGGCAGGGGAAUGCCGGCGUAGGGGCGCCCGCGGCGAUGCCGCCGACGAGCGUCAUGACCCGGCUCAUCCUGAUCAUGGUGUGGCGCAAGCUCAUCCGCAACCCCAACACCUACUCCAGCCUCAUCGGCCUCAUCUGGUCGCUCGUGUGCUUCCGGUGGAACUUCGAGAUGCCGGCGAUCAUCCUCAAGUCCAUUUCGAUCCUCUCCGACGCCGGGCUCGGCAUGGCCAUGUUCAGCCUCGGGCUGUUCAUGGCGCUGCAGCCGCGGAUCAUCGCGUGCGGGAACAAGGUGGCAACGUUCGCCAUGGCCGUGCGGUUCCUGACCGGCCCGGCCGUCAUGGCCGCCGCCUCCUUCGCCGUCGGCCUCCGCGGCACGCUCCUCCACGUCGCCAUCGUCCAGGCCGCGCUGCCGCAGGGCAUUGUCCCCUUCGUCUUCGCCAAGGAGUACGGCGUGCACCCUGACAUCCUCAGCACGGCAGUCAUCUUCGGCAUGCUCAUCGCGCUGCCCAUCACGCUGGUGUACUACAUCCUGCUGGGGCUGUGAAAAAGCAAGACAAGGGUGGUGUCGUUGCAGGAAGUCACAGCUCAGCGAUGCCGGGUGGAUGGAGUAGGAGACAGAGGAGGGGACAAGGGAUGCUGCAGCGACUGCGCGUGCGUGCAGGGGACAUGCUUAAUUUGUAGGAGUAUUCUUAGCUGUAGAGAUUAGAGGCCACAAAAAAAAAUGUUUAGGACAAGGGUUGGGUUGAAGGAGGGCGCCAAGAACAACACGUGCAAGGCUUUAGGGUGACAAUUUGGAAAGCAUCCGGUUGAUCAGGUUACGGGGUUGAUCUGGGUUGAAGGGGGGCUUGUGAUGGGAAGGGUUUUCCAUGGAUGGUUGGGCUGAUCUUGCAUUGUAAAAUGGAUGCAUAUGUCACUUUGAUGGAAUGCUAGAGCUCUUGUUCAUCUUAGGGCAUACUACUUCGAGUGGCAGCUUGUUUCUGUUUCA